AUGAUGACGCUCGGGGACGGGCACUACAACGGCAUGUUCUUCAACUUCAUGGCCCACAUCAACCGAACGGCCUGGGAGAGCAAGAAGAAUUUCACGGUGGUCAACAUGGCGCUGGACACGCUCGCACACCAGGCCUGCACGGGCCUCCGGGAGCGGCUGUUGAUGACCCGCCUCCAGUGGGAGGAGCACUACGUGGAGGAGAUCACCGAAGAGCCGCCGCCGCCAGAGCGCUCGACCUUCCUCGGGCGCCUCAGGAGAGCAGGUUCACCACGCCCCCGCCUCCGACCAUCCGCCGCGAGCUGCGCAACAGGACACUCUCGGCGGGCGCGCUGCUGCGCUGCGUGA